GUUCCACCGGGUGUGACGGCGGAAGGAUAUCGCGCUCGUCGUCUAUAAAUACCGCCCCGCUGCUCUUUGUUUGUUAAAACGCUGAUAGCAUCCGGAUCAGAGAGUUGUCAACACCAUCGGGAACAAUUUGUUUUGUUAAGAUGCAGAUCUUUGUGAAGACCCUGACUGGUAAGACCAUCACUUUGGAGGUCGAGCCCAGCGACACCAUUGAAAAUGUCAAGGCCAAGAUCCAGGAUAAAGAAGGAAUCCCUCCGGACCAGCAGAGGCUGAUCUUUGCUGGCAAACAGCUGGAAGACGGCCGUACCUUGUCUGACUACAACAUCCAGAAGGAGUCCACCCUCCAUCUUGUGCUCCGUCUGAGAGGAGGCAUGCAGAUCUUCGUGAAGACCCUGACUGGCAAGACCAUCACCCUGGAGGUUGAGCCCAGUGACACCAUCGAGAACGUCAAGGCUAAGAUCCAGGACAAGGAAGGAAUCCCUCCAGACCAGCAGAGGCUGAUCUUUGCUGGCAAACAGCUGGAAGACGGCCGCACCCUCUCCGACUACAACAUCCAGAAGGAGUCCACCCUCCAUCUUGUGCUCCGUCUGAGAGGAGGCAUGCAGAUCUUCGUGAAGACCCUGACUGGCAAGACCAUCACCCUGGAGGUCGAGCCCAGCGACACCAUCGAGAACGUCAAAGCCAAGAUCCAGGAUAAGGAAGGAAUCCCUCCAGACCAGCAGCGUCUCAUCUUUGCCGGGAAGCAGCUGGAAGAUGGCCGCACCCUCUCUGACUACAACAUCCAGAAGGAGUCCACCCUCCAUCUUGUGCUCCGUCUGAGAGGAGGAAACUAAGCAGCUCCUCAUCACAAAGAUGCUUCAGUGUCAGAAUCACUCCUCUUGAUCCACACAGUCAUUCCCCUUUUUAAGUUUCAAUAAAGGUUUAGCAUUCCUGAAUUUUUCUUUCAGUGGCUUUUAAUAGUGUCACUUUGCUUUUCACCUGCAUCAGCUGACAGAUUUGAGUUAAAUGCACAAACACAAAGUAAAGAUGAUUGAUCAGAUGCAUGUUUGUGGUUAAAGUGGUCCAACAAAGAGUUCACUGACAGGUUUGAGUUAACACGUUAGCUGAUCUGUUCAUUCUGUUUUUAUUAUGACCUUUGAAAGCAAAGCAUUUGUGGAAACCCUGCUGUUGAGUGUUGAACAUUACAAAUAAACAGCUUCUCACUGUCA